UUCGCAAAGUGGCUCCAUUGCGCAAUGAGUGUAUUAACGCCUCUCAUUUCCUCUCUUCUCCUGCUCGCCCUCCUCAUGUCCCUGGUGCUGUUCCAGUUAAAGACCAUGAACACCGGCCGGAAGAAGCCGCCCGAUGACUACAUUCCGGAGAUCUCUCGACGAUCACCAAGUACUGCAAGCUUGCCUACAACUACGGGACCCGGAAGGGAGCGGCACUUAACAUCGGCGUCACGAAGGCCAAGCAGGAGGAACGAAGUGCACACCAACUUGGAAGACGUGUCUCAGAUACCCGACGAGUGCUUCCGGGUGUCCGUGGCACCAUGUAGUCGGGCCCAUGGACGCUCUUUCUACCUAGCUCUCUCUCCCGUCGGCCCCUUCUGUACUGAGUGGCUGCAGCAUACGCAUUGCCCCAUCCACAAGGACCGCUUCUCGGUUUAUGCCAACUGCGACACGGCAUGCAGAGGUGGCCAAUGCGACUACCCAUCUUUUCGACUUUGCACCACAGAAGACAAGGUGUUCCAGUACUAUUUCAGCAAUGGCCAGUGUCACAGCCUACCGGACUCCGAGAACGGUUGCCUACAUGGAUGGAAUCGAUUCGAAAGAGUGGAUGAAUGCCUCGCCAGUUGCAACAACAAUAGGACAAGGUCGAACCGGUGCAUGGAUCCUAUGCGUGUAUCACCGUGUGCCUUCGACCACAUGCGUUACCUAUAUUACUAUAACAACGCGUCUCGCGUCUGUGAGAUGUACAACUUCUGUGCCACGACCUCAUUCAAGACCAGAGUCGACUGUGAGCGACGCUGCCGAUUCCAGAAACGUACUUUGUGACAUAUUAAAGAUAACUUCUAUGGGUGCA